AUGUUACAGUUAAAAGAUGCUCAUUACAUAGAACGAUUGAUGCUCNACACUCUAUCAAGAAAGAACCAGCCUUUAGCUGUUAACAAGAAAGGAAUAGCAUGGAAGAGUGACAAGGAACACAAGUUUGGGAAAAAUGUGUUUCCAAAGAACUUCCAGAAGGGUAAUAUCACCGGUGGUGCCACACUAAAUCCAAAAAUACCAUUGAGUGAGCAAGAGGAUCUGAUUGUGUGGAUGAGGACUGCAGCUUUGCCAACAUUUAGAAAAUUAUACGGGAAGAUAGAGACUGAUUUGCAUAAGGGUGAUACCAUAGAAGUGAAUCUGCAGAACAACUACAACACAUACAGUUUCAGUGGGAAGAAGAAGCUUGUCCUGUCCACAACAAGUUGGCUUGGUGGAAAGAACGACUUCCUCGGCAUUGCUUACCUCACAGUUGGGGGGAUAUGUUUCGUCCUAGCACUUGCAUUUACCGUCAUGUACCUUGUGAAACCCAGGCGACUUGGUGAUCCUACCUACUUGUCCUGGAACAGAAUUCCUGGAGGUCGGUAAACAAAGACUCUGCAUCAUCUAAGUUUGUAAAUCUACUUAUCCGUGGUUGUAAUCUGAUUCAAAACUGCAAGUGAUGGUUUUCUUAUUAUUCAUGUGAAAUGUAUGUAAGAUGUUACAGUUAAAAGAUGCUCAUUACAUAGAACGAUUGAUGCUCCCUAUCA